AUGGCGACCGAGACUUUCCUCUUCACCUCUGAGUCUGUGAACGAGGGCCACCCUGACAAGCUCUGCGACCAGGUCUCCGACGCUGUGCUUGACGCGUGCCUCGCCCAAGACGCUGACAGCAAGGUUGCCUGUGAGACAUGCACCAAGACCAACAUGGUCAUGGUUUUUGGUGAGAUCACCACCAAGGCCACUGUUGACUAUGAGAAGAUUGUGCGUGACACCUGCCGCAACAUUGGCUUCAUCUCUGAUGAUGUUGGCCUUGAUGCUGACCGGUGCAAGGUGCUUGUCAACAUAGAGCAGCAGUCUCCUGACAUUGCCCAGGGUGUGCACGGACAUUUCACCAAGCGCCCUGAGGAUAUUGGUGCUGGUGACCAGGGUAUCAUGUUUGGCUAUGCCACCGAUGAGACCCCUGAGCUCAUGCCCCUCAGCCAUGUGCUUGCCACCAAGCUGGGUGCCCGCCUCACUGAACAUGUCAUCAAGCCGGUGAUCCCUGAGAAGUACCUGGACGAGAAGACCAUAUUCCACUUGAAUCCAUCAGGCCGCUUUGUCAUUGGUGGCCCUCAUGGUGAUGCUGGUCUUACUGGUCGCAAGAUCAUCAUCGACACCUAUGGUGGCUGGGGAGCACACGGAGGUGGUGCUUUCUCCGGCAAGGACCCAACUAAGGUUGACCGCAGUGGCGCCUACAUUGCCAGGCAGGCUGCCAAGAGCAUCAUUGCUAGCGGUCUUGCACGCCGCUGCAUUGUUCAGAUCUCCUACGCCAUUGGUGUGCCUGAGCCCUUAUCUGUCUUCGUUGACUCUUAUGGUACUGGCAAGAUCCCCGAUAAGGAGAUCCUCAAGAUUGUGAAGGAGAACUUUGACUUCAGGCCUGGGAUGAUCAGCAUCAACCUUGACUUGAAGAAGGGUGGCAACAGAUUCAUCAAGACGGCUGCUUAUGGCCACUUUGGCCGUGAGGAUGCUGACUUCACCUGGGAGGUUGUGAAGCCCCUCAAGUUUGACAAGGCCUCUGCUUGA